AUGGAGGAAGAUCAGAAUAAGAACAGGGAAGUUGCCGCAAAUUGCAAUAGUGAUGAUGAUGAUGAGAAAUACGUCAAUUCGCUUCCAGUUGGGUAUCGAUUUGCACCUCAUGAUGAUGAGCUGAUUCUUCACUACUUAUUGAAAAAGAUCAAGAAACUUCCCUUGCCUCGUAACAGGAUUCAUGAGGUUGAUUUGUAUAAAUAUAGCCCUGGAAAACUCACUGAAAUCUGUAAACUGAAUAGAGCAAGAGAAAGCGAGUGGUACUUUUUCACUUCGAGGGAGAAAAAAUACCCAAAUGGGUGUAGACCGAAUCGAAGUGCGGGAGAUGGAUUUUGGAAGCCUACAGGAACUGAUAAAGCCAUCCCAAAUAACAAAAAUCCUGUUGGUUUUAGAAAAUCUUUGGAUUAUUAUUCAGGGAAGCAAGGUGAAGGAAGGAAAACGGACUGGAAGAUGCAUGAGUAUUUGGUCAAUCCAAAGCUUGUUUCUUCAACUACUACUUCCAGACCCAAAAACCCAUUGCAACCUAUGCUGUUGGAUGAAUGGGUUCUUUGCAAGAUCUACAAAACCAAAGCAAAAAGAAAGAAAAACAAUAAUGAUGAAGAUGGAGGGAUUGCUGUAAAUUCAGAAACAAAAAUCCCAAAAGCUGAUGAUUCCAUUGCACAGCCUCCAGAGUUUGAUAAUUCUUUGAUGAUUUUUGAAAAAACGAGAAUGGUUUUGGGUCUUCUUAUCCUCCUCAUCUAA